UAGGUUCAAAAGUAAUUAUUGAAAUUAUGAUAUGGGAGUACGUAUUGAGUAUGGGAAUACCUGUUCACCCUGCUGGGUGAACAGGGAUAGGUGGUUUCUUAAGGAAACAUGCCCCCAGUGUUUCCACUCAUACUGGGGAAUGAACCAUAGACCUCAAUAUGUGAGCUGAGUGCACUACCAACCAAGCUACAGGACACCUUGUUACACCCUCUUAUAAAUGUUUUAACAAUCACGAUGACAUUACACAUCCCUGUCUAAGGCCUUCUUUUUUUUGUCAGAUAAUCCCCCUUUCAACUGCUUACCCUAACCUGAGCUUUACUAUCCACAAAAACUCUCUACUACUUUAGUUAUGUAUUACCAUUUCCAAAAUCUGCUUUUUUGUCCAUCCAUCACGUACAUUUUCAAAAUGCAUAAAUGCAACAAAAUGUUUCAUCUAAGUAUUGUUCGUUUAUUUUUCUAGGUGGUCAGGAGUAUAUCUAUACCAUGAGUGCUGAUGCCGAUAUUGUAAGGUCAUCACUUGAAAAAUUACUCCACAAUUAUUCUCCAAGUGCUGAUGUCAGUGGUAUUGAUGAGAUUGUAGUAAGCUAUGUAAGUGGGGUGUUGGAAGAAGUGGCAGGAGAUGAGGAGGAGGUGGACUCUGCAGGGAUGAAGGAUGUCAUGGCUGCAUAUGUGCCCGAGUUUGACGCAAUCCCAGAAGACGCCAUUACUUCCUGGGUAAUCAACAUGGUACAUGUUAUCAACCAGGAAAAAAAUAAAGGUUAGUAGGUUAAUUUUAUUUCU